AUGUUUCCAGAUGCCCCGUUCGUCCGCCCAGGCUACGAUGACGACCGGACCUGUCCUGCAUGCGACAAAACUUUCAGGACGAGCCAGGGAGUCAUGGCGCACUUGUCCACUGCCCGGUCGUGCAAGUGGUAUAGGAAAGGCAAGAAUGCGGCCCGACGAGUUCAUACCGUCCCGGAAGUUGUGGAGAGCGAAGCCAAUGAGGUGACCAGUUCGAGUGCCAGCUCUAGUUCCAUGGACGUAGACCGCGAGGACUUCCUUGACGCCCUGGAACAUGGUGAUCUGUUUCAUUUUGAAGUCCCUGAGUCUACGCACGCGGGCAUCCCAGCGUUGGACGACGAUGAAGAUACGAGAGUGGUUGAAGAAGACACUGUGGCUGGAAAAGUCAUAAGGAUGGAGAAGAGCAUCGUCGAGACCUGGAGGGCGUACUUCGCUGAAGACCCAGGCCAAGAUUCUGCUGGUGAGGAUGUCCCAAUGGACGUGGAUGGGGAGGAUGUAUCGAUGGACGUGGACGGCGAGGAAGAUACCGACCCCAAUCUCAAAUGGAAACCCUUCGCAUCCGAGUUGGAUUGGCGGGUUGCAACGUGGGUUAUCAGGGAGGACGUGGGGCAGAGAGCCAUCAAUAGGUUCCUGAGUAUACCUGGGGUGCUUGAAAAGCUGGGGCUCACCUUCAAAGACGUACGGCAGCUUUUUAUGAAGGUCGAUACCAUCCCCGACAGAGCAACGUGGAAGACGACGUCUCUGACCUUUCCUGACCGACUGGACGAGGUACAUCUUGUACGCUACCGGGAUAUUCUAGAGGCUAUCAAAGCUUUGUUCGGUAACCCCGCCCACGCCAAAGAUAUUGUCUAUCGGCCCAGGCGGGUCUUCGCGGAUGUGUCCCGCACAAGACGGAUAUUCACAGAAAUGUGGACGGGACUCUGGUGGAGCGCCGUACAGGUAUAUGAGUCCCAUACUUCCCGUUUGGAAGGCACUUAUCUCUGA